AUGUCCCCUGUCGCUCUUUCCAACCUCGUCGCCCUCGCUGUUUCUGCGUCGCUCGCAGCCGCGCAGAUCACGGGCACCUUCCCCGCCACACCCCUCGCCUCCAAGGGUCCCUUUGCGUACCCCACCGGUAUCCCCUACAAGGUUGAUACCGACGUUGGCCUUAUCCGUGGCACUCAAAUCGGUUACAACAUUUGCAACACGACGACCGAGGGCCAGCAGUCGCUCUGCCAGACGUCUUUCCUGAACUCUCUCGAUGACUUCUGCCUCUGGGCCCCUCCCGAGAUGGGUCGUGAGGUUGGUGACAUCGAAGGCUCGAUGAUCGCCUGGUGCACGAAGCCUGGCCAUGGUACUCGCCUGAUACCCGAUGGUGCCCUUCAUGGCGUUCAGUUCACCAAGACCCCCGAUUACGUCCAGGUCGUCGGUUUCAUCGACCAGACCAAGAUUAACAUUCUUGAGGGUGACUUCGGUGGUGAAAUGGACCCCCACGGUGCUGAUCUCCGCGGUAACCCCAUGGGUGGUAUCGUCUUCACAAACCAAUUUGGUGGCAAUUUCAUCCAAGGUAUCGAAUGGCACAACUUCAUGGGCUCGAACACCUUCUGCUUCAAGGUCUGCGACCCCGCCGGCCCCAGCGCUGCUGACUACUGCGAGCACAUCUUCGACCGUAUCGGAUGCGCCUACAACGCGCCCAACAACGCUCGCAACGGCACCUUCGAGUCCUGCGAUGGCGAGUCUCAAGACUUCCCAGGCAUCUACACUUCCAACGGACAGGUCCUGACCUACACUCAACCUCCUGAGACGCUCGGCCCCAUCACCACCAUCCCCUACACCGCCCGCGUGCCCGCCUCCAGCAACUGCCGUGAAUUCGAGUCCGCUGCCAUUUACACCGGCCUACCCUCCGCCUCCGUCUCGACGACUGCGACCUCUGGCACUGCGGCCCCUACGAACGGCUCUGGUAGCACCUCGAGGUCAACCACCGGCACGUCGACUGCCACCGGCACCGCUGACGGUGCCAACGCCAGCACCGAUGCUGCGGGUACGAUCGCCAUCUCUGGCGCCGCGACCUUCCUUGGUGUCAUCUUCUCCGCCCUUUUCCUCUCGUAA